GGCCUCGGGACCCAAGACUAUGGAGAGUGUUAACAACCAAGAGAAUAAAGUCUAAUUCACUAGUUAACGACCGUAUUAACCACUUAACAACCUGGAGAAAACUUAAAACAAACCACCACCAAUACUGAUAAUCAACCAUAGACCAAAAACAGUUAGAUAAAUCCAUAAAAAAAAAAGUUUAAUAAAAUCCGGAUUUGUUGUUUGUCUAUUAAUAACAACAAGAGGUUUUAUUAUCUUUUGGUGUUCACUAACUACUAUUACCAUGGAAGGGCGUAGUUAUAUGGGAGAAAUGUGUUAAAUGAGAUAAAUAAAGGAGUAAUAUUGGACCUCCAUCACCCCCGUCUUAGUUGAACCAUUUGAGAUGGAUGGCUGAACAAUGUAGCCAAGCUGAGCCACCCUGACCCAGCCGCCGGUGCUCGUCAUCGGGAAGGAUGGCCCUCUGUGUUGAAUUAGAUUAACCACAAGCUAAACAGUCAUGGAUUUUUCUGUGUCGUCUGAUAUUGUGGUGGAGUUGCUGGAGGUGGCUAUUAACUUGAUCCUGUACACCAGAGAGAUUUACCCACAGUCUGUGUUCCAAAGAAGAAAAAAAUACAGCAUUCCUGUUCAGAUGUGUAUCCAUCCCGGUCUGCGGUCAUACAUCAGUGAGUGUGUCGGCUCAAUACGACCAGUGCUGGAGAAGGGCGAAGUAGAAAAAGUUAUAGUUGCCGUGUUGUCAACUGAGGGAGUUCCUGUUGAGAAGUUUGUUUUUGAAAUUGUACAGCAGCCAACUAAACCUCAUGACAUCAAGCAAGACCCACAGUUGUUACGGAUGGAAGAGGCCUUGCGAGCUUUUUGUCUCAAGUUGAGCAUUAGUGACUCACUCUUGCAACCACUUCCCCCGGGUUGUUCUUUUGCUGUUCAUAUCCAAGUUCCUGAACAUGUUCCAACAUCCUUGAGUACAGAGCCUCAGCACCAGGAGUUUCCUUGGGUAGAAGCUGAGAAGGAACAGACAGAGGUGCAUGACCCACACAUUGUUCCUCUCAAGACCCUCAGGACAGAAGUGUGCAAGAUGCAGCUGUAUGUUGAGGAGAGCAGUAACAAGCAGGGCUCAAAUGAUUAACUCUUACAAACCACUAUUGUAUUAUAGCAAAGAAAAAAUUUGUAUUGAAUGUUUCUGGAAAGACGAAACAGAUAAUGUAUAGCCUAAAUUUUUCUAUUGUUUUACAGUUCUUUUUAUAAUGAAAUUUUGACUGUAAAUGACAAUUGUAGGUAUUAGAUACAUUUAUACAACCAAUGGUGCUCUAAUAUACUGUAAUACAAGUCUUCCUAGUUCUGACGUCACUUACUUACAUUGUUUAUUAUGUGAUGAGGAAACGUCUAUUUAUUUAUUUAUCCCAUUGCCCAGUUUUGUGUUAUGAACCUUCCAAAGAAUAUAUGAAGUCUUCUGUUCACAUUCAUUUCACUGGCCACCACUUCUUGCAAGAAAAUUUAUGAUUCUUGUCAGUACAAGUAAGGAAAAUAUAUCAAAAAGCUUAUUAGAAUUGUGGUGUAAGAACUAUUACCUCUAGUAUUGACAAAAUGAGAUAAUAUUUUUGGGGUAAAGUUUAUUUAUUUUCGACUUUUAGCUUGCUUGGUUAAAUGUCAGAACAAGCAAGUAUUUAUUUCAUGACUUCCACAUGUGCCUGAUUUUUGUAAAAUUCCUAGAUAUAUUCUGUGUGGUAUAUUGAAUGUAAUAUACAGUAUAGUUAUACAGUA